ACUGAAAGUUGAGAUUCAGACAAAACUGGAAUAAGUUUGGGGUGAACUGAUAAUCAAGAAAGCUGAACAAAACCCAGAAAUGUGGAAGUCUAUUUUGGGGAGAGAUGAUAAUGGAAGUCAGCUGGAAGCUAACAACAUUUUGGAGGAUGAAGAAGGCUUCUGCUCCUUCUCCCCUCUCCAAAGGAUCUAUGCUUUCUCUGCUUGCUUGGGUGCUGGCAUAGUAUGUAUGUUCUUGUCAUAUGUUGCUUUUGCCAGACCUAUCAGGUUUGCUCUUUUGUUUUCCUUUGGCAACAUUUUAGCUGUUGGAAGCACAACCUUUCUUGUUGGACCGCGCAAGCAAAUAAAGAUGAUGUUUGAUCCGGUUCGCGUUUUUGCCACAGUAGCUUAUGUUAUCUGUGUCAUAUUUGCUCUUGUUUGUGCACUCUGGAUGCAUAGUGUAAUCUUAUCAAUAGUUGCAGUCAUAUUUGAGAUUCUUGCCCUUCUAUGGUAUGGUCUGAGUUACAUACCUUUUGCUCGUGGAAUGGUUUCGAAUAUGAUAAGGCGUGUUUUCAACAGAGAAUCUUGAUGAAUUUUUCCAUUGAAAGUGGCAUUCUUCUUCUGUCAUCAAAUUAACAUUUCUCCAUUUUUGGGUUGGUGCAUUAUAGGUGGAAACAA